AUGGAUUCAAUUUUUUGUACUAAAUAUCUUGAAACCAUUAGGGACCUGUCCAAUAAUAAUUUGAUUGGAGAGGUGCCCGAGUUUUUAGGCAACAUGAAAUCGCUGGUGUUCAUAAACAUAAGCAUGAACGAUCUUAGUGGUUUGAUUCCUCAGGCUCUUCAGAGGAAAGGACUAGAGUUAUUUUCUGAAGGGAACCCAAGACUUUGCCUAUCUGGUUCAUGCCUACCUCCCAAACCGAAGCCAUUUCCAGUUGCAAUUGUCGCAUCAGUAGCAUCUGUGGCAAUUAUCAUUGCUGUUUUGGUACUUACUUUUGUUAUUAGGAAGAAAAAGCCGUCAAUUGUGGGAGGUCAACAACCACCGCCUAAUAUAUCGUCAGCUGUGAAUGUUACGUAUGCAAAUUCACUGGUUUCAUCAAUCCAAACCAAUAAGAGAAAUUUUACAUAUUCAGAGGUCAUUAAUAUGACAAACAACUUCCAAAAGGUUAUUGGGGAAGGAGGAUUUGGUAUCGUCUACCACGGUACUCUAAAUGGUUAUGGACAAGUAGCUGUUAAGCUCCUUUCUCAAUCAUCAACUCAAGGCUAUAAGCAAUUCAAGGCAGAAGUUGAUUUUCUUAUGAGAGUUCACCACAUAAAUUUGGUAAACCUGGUAGGAUACUGUAACGAAGGUGAUCACUUGGCUUUGAUAUAUGAGUUUGUGCCCAAUGGGGACUUAAGCCAACAUCUGUCUGGGAAAGGAGGUACAUCCAUUAUCAAUUGGGGUGUUCGACUACAAAUAGCUGUGGAGGCCGCAUCAGGUUUGGAGUACUUACACACUGGGUGCAUACCACCGAUGGUUCAUAGAGAUGUCAAAACCACAAACAUAUUGUUGGACGAGCGGUUUAAGGCCAGGCUUGCUGAUUUUGGGUUGUCGAGAUCUUUUCCAGCAGGAGAUGAAUCUCAUGUUUCGACGAUGAUUGCUGGUACUCAUGAAUACCUUGAUCCCGAAUAUUACCAGACAAAUCGGUUGACUGAGAAGAGCGACGUGUACAGCUUCGGGAUUGUGUUACUAGAGAUGAUCACAAACCAACCUGUGAUUGACCAAUCCCGUGAAAAGUCUCACAUAAUAGAGUGGGUUGGGUUUGAGGUAACUAGCGGAGAUAUAAGGAGUAUCAUGGAUCCAAACCUUCAAGAAGACUACGACUCUGAUUCUGCAUGGAGAAUUUUUGAUUUAGCAAUGUCAUGUGUAAAUCCUUCUUCCAAAAGACGCCCAAGCAUGUCUCAGGUUGUUGUGGAACUGAAAGAGUGUCUUGCGUCUGAAAAAUCUAGGAGAAAUAUGAACAGAGGCAGGAAGGACUCUCAUAGUUCGGCUGAAGUGACCGUGCUCCUUGACACUGAGAUGUUUCCUGUAGCUAGAUAG